AUGGCAGCUGCCUCCGCGGCCGACAUUCUCGCGACGACCCUCAUCAGCCUCUUCCGCCCGCUCUUCACACCAGUCGACGAGGCCCUCUCGCGGCUGCUGGUGCCCUCCCGCCCAGCGUACCCAAGCCUAAAGUCUUCACUGCUUCUCAAGCCAGCAUCGCCGGCGGCAUCACCAGUAGCAUCGCCACAGCAGCAGAAGGGGUCGCCGUCACCUAAGCAGCAGCAGCAGCAGGGGUCGUCACCUCGGCGGCCGUCGCGCAAUGCCUCGCUCUCACUGCCUCCCAUGGCAGUCAUCAUCGCAGCCGUGCUGCUGAACCACAUCCGGCGCGUGCUCGUGCCCUGGCUGGGCCAGUUCGUGUGGCGGCACCCCAUCGAGGCGAUGAAGCUGGCGCGCUCGUCGCCGUGCUACCUGCUUGAGCAGUCGGCUGGAGAGGGGUUCGCGUGGGGGGCAGUGCUGGCAUGGGGGCUGAGGGUGAGGUUGCUGAGUGCAGUGAGGGAGGUGUUGCUGCGGAAGAUGAGGGAUGGGCCGAGGAGUGUGAAGGACAGUGGCAACGAGAAGAGGAGGGAUGCUGUUUCGGGGGUGGGCGAUGCAAACGGGCGUGCUGGUGAGGGAAGCGGCCUCGACAAGAAGGAUGUCGGUCCACGGGAUGGCGAAGCAGAUGGACGUGCUCUCGGGAUGAGCAGCGCGGACGACAUGCUUCUCGACGCAUGCCGCAUCGUCUACCUCGCCACCAGCAUCGCCCUCCUCGAAGGCGCCUACGCAGAAUCAUGCUGGGCCGCCGCCCACAUCUACGCCCUCCUGCGCACGACCACGACCCUCCUUUCAGGCACCCUCGACCCCUCCGCGCGUAGCUACGUCUUUAACGCCCUCUCCUCGCACUGGUCCGCGGCCGUCUUUCAAGCCUGCCUGAUAGCGAACUGGAUCGCCGUGACGCUGCUCCCCACCGCGGCAUGGGUGGUCAGGGGUGCGCUCGCACGGGCGGACGCGUACACGCCUGCGGGGGCGUACGCGCUCUGGGCGGGCACGGCGCUGCUGGUGCGCAAGUCGAACAAGUACUUUAUCGUGCUGGAGAUGAGCGAGAUGCUCGUCACGUUUGGGUGGGCGGCGCUGGGGAUGGGAGUGUUGACUGUGUGGGCGGUGGAGGAAUCAUUCUGA